AUGUCGGCAUUUUCUCUUAGGAGUGAUUUGCGAAAUAAAUCCCCAACUUCAGUCGCCACAUUCGGCACGGCCGCAGUUCUCCAAAAGCCUUCAGAAAACGCAGAACCCGUUGAAGUUAGUCGACUUGGACCUUCCGAUUACUUUGGUGAAGUUGCUUUACUAUUGGAUCGCCCAAGAGCAGCGACAGUGGUAGCCCAGAGUGCGAUGCGUUGUGUCAAGUUAGAUCGCAAGCGUUUUGAACGCGUCAUGGGCCCUUGCUCCGAUAUCCUCAAACGCAAUAUUGCGAAAUACAAUAGCUACAUCUCCCUUUCUGUGUGA